GUAUGGUAGUCAAGGAAGAUGGGACCAAAUGGGCAUGCCAAUCGUGCCUAAAGGGUCACCGUGUCAGCGGCUGCACCCAUACAGACCGCGAGCUCUUCUUUGUCCCUAAGAAGGGCCGCCCCAUCACCCAGUGCCCGCACUGUCGCGCCGAACGCAAGAAGCGCUCAUCCCAUGUCAAAUGCGAUUGUGGAGAGAAACCCCACACUAAAGAGAAAUGUAUCCAUCUGCGCGAGGCUGAAGCCAAAGCCGCUGCUAUCGCUGCCGCCAACGAGUCCGGCAUACCCAUGCCACCCCCUUCGGCCUCUGGAGAACACCACUCGCCCGAACUCUACUCUGUCGCUGAAGAAUCCCCCUCGUCUGAUGAACAUCGUUGCUGCUGCCCCCACGGCGGGAAGUGUAUCUGUUCAAACCUCAAAGAAUCGUCCCUCGAAGACGCCAAGGAUCACAAGGACCAUAUCGAAGCUUCGUUCAAGAAGGAUACUGUCAAGGAGACAUCGACCGUGCCNAAAAAGUCACUCAGCCAACGCAAGCCACGCCUCACUUCACACCAAUCCGAAGGCCAUCUGACCGUCUUUGCCAACGGCCACCACAAGCCAUGCCAUCGCAACAAUAAUGCUGCUCACGAAUCUGGAGCUCCUUACAAGCUGCCUCGCUCGCACACUCAGCCCGUCUCGACCAAGAGCAACGCUCGCCGUUCCGUAGAUAGCCUUGCUGCAGUCGCCUCGAGCCAGCCACACUCUUGGUUCCAGUCGAACAUGUCCGCCCAUCCAUCAAACGCCAACUCUGGCCAAGCUUCGCCUGUCUCCGCCAUUACCAUGCAGGCUGAAGCCAUGCAGAAAGACGUCAAGCCUCCGGUUGAUGCUCAGCCUCAGUACCCCCUCGCGACCGUCUCGUCAAGUGUUCCAACCUCCAUGUUCGCCGACUUUGGCUUCCCCAGCACCUCUUCCAUCGGCACUACCACUACUGAGUCCUCCAUGCCGUCCUUCUCCUUGCCAAGCUCUGACCUCGGCAUGAGCACUGACUUCUGGAACAACUUCGAUUGGUCCAAGGUCGACACCACUUCCUUUGAUGUUCAGCCUGCUCUGACAAACACUUCUUCUGGCACCAUGUCCGAAGUCGAUGAGAUUCCAGCUACAGAGGAAAUCAAUACUUUCGACAGCAACCCUUACCAGAUGAACAUGCAAGGCCUCGUGGGUACCAACGUCAACAGCAGCACCAACAACUUCGACCUUGAUUUCUCUGUGGCUACUGGACAGUCGAACCGCUGGAGCAUGCCUGUUUACUCCAACCCGAACACAAGCAACAUAGAUCUGGCCUCCAUGACUGCCGACACCUUCACCAAGCCCAAGCAGUCUCCUGAACAGUCCAUGUCACUUGGCCAGUUCUCUGGCUUUGACUUGGCCUCUUCUGUUCAGUCUCAAUCUCCUGCUCAGUCCAACUUCCAGUGGGACCCGGCCCUUAUGGAUUAUGCUAUGGGCAACAACGUUGACAACAGUGCCUCGCUCGCGUAUUCGGUGGCAGGUUCCUCUGGUCCUUCGAUGGCUCCAACUGCCGCUCCUUCCCCUAAGUUCAGUGCAGACACCUCAAACGUCAACGAUCAAUUUUUCGACUUCGACAGUGGCUCAAAACUCGUCAACUGGAACGACGGCAUUAUGGUUCCUGCCGGACAAGACUUUCUUAACACGUACAAUUACGAUCAGAACUUUUCGACAAACGAUUUCAACAACCAGGGCUGGUCAAGC